GGCUGACUUUCUUUAAAUGGCAGCCACAGAGCCUGGGGGACAGAGAGGUCCCCGGGAGAAGUCCGGUUUGACCGCCCUGCCACGGAGGAGGGAGCCCUAGGAGACCUGGCCUCUAUCCACCCCUCCUGGUACCUUUGCCCCAUGUGGCCGCCCUUCCGCUUCAUGACCUGUGUUCUCCGUCCCUCCAGCCCUGACAGCCUGACGAGCUCUAAGGAAACCUCUCAGGGACACCGCUGCUGAAACCAUGGCUUUUGCCUCCUUCGCAGGUAGUGGCUUCCCCCUCUCUGAGAGGGACAGUUUCGUAGAAGAUGUCAUUGAGUAUAUCGUGGACACACUGAGCAGUGAAGAUCUGCGGCAGCUGCUGACUGAAGAUAGCUCCUGGGAGAUCCUGGUGGAGACAACUGACUUGACCAGGGAGGAGGCAGACGCUGUACGUGGGGCUCUGAUUGAGAGUGAAGCACACAAGGAGAGGUUUUUGAAUGCAUUUCCUCAUGUGAAAAAGGAGCUGGAGGAGGGCGUAGCCAAGCUCUACACCCUUGCAGAUAAGGUCGACAAGGUGCACAAGGACUGCACCAUCACCAACCUGGUGGCCAGUUCAGCCAGUGCUAUCUCUGGCCUCCUGACCAUCCUUGGCCUGGCUCUGGCACCGGUGACAGCAGGUGGCAGUCUAGCGCUCUCAGCCACUGGGAUAGGGCUGGAAGCAGUGGCCACUGUGGCUGGUGUUUCUGCUGACAUUGUGGACCACUCAAACAAGUUGUCAGUGCAAGCUGAAGCCAGGCGCCUGGUGCCAACCAGCAUGGACACAGAGAAGGAGAUUGUGCCGGCUGUGGGUGAAGCCACACCCAAAGUUAUUUUUGCAACUGAGAAAUGUGUGCAAGCAUUCCAAGCCAUUGAGAAGAAUGUCUGUGCCAUUAAUGUGGCUAAAUCCAACCCUCGGUUGCUAGCCAAGGCCAACUGCCUUAUGAAAACUGGGAAACUCUCAGUCCGAAGUGGUAAGCAGGUGCAGAGGGCCCUUGGAGGAACCGUUCUGGCAAUGUCCAAAGAAGCCCGGAUCACGGGUGCAGGAACAGCAGGCAUCGCACUUCUGAAGGAUGUGUACAGACUUUUUGAAGAUUCAUUGCAUUUGCACAAGGGGGUAAAGACAGAGUUGGCUGAAGAGCUGCGGCAGCAGGCCCAGGUCCUGGAGAGGAAGUUGGAGGAGCUCAUCCGCAUCCAAGAGAGUUUGGAGUCAGACCUGACUAAGUGACACACUGUCCAAGCAGAGCAGAGCUCAGGGUUUUUGUGAUUUUCAAACACAAGGACAAAGGCAGGAAGUGUGGCAGAGGCAACAUAGAGGGUGAGCUCAAAUCUGUUCUGGGUAUUAAGGAAUUUUUGCCUUUCUGAGGCUAAGCAUAUCCGGGGAGGGGUUAGUGCAGAUAAGUGAAUCAAAGAGAAAGGAUGGACCUGGGGCCUGAAAUAAGGGACAGGAAGUGACUAAGGUGCAUGGGGAAUAGGAGGAAAGUGCUCAUUUUGUCUGAAGAAUUCACUGGGGACCUGGAUAGAAGCAGCUGCAGGAAGAAGCACUGGAAAGUUGGGGAAAACAGAAGAGCGGAAGUUGGGAGGGGCCACCGUUAGAACUGCUGGGACCUGGGAGGAGGAAUGGGCUCUGCCUCCAACCCUCCGCACAGGCAAACAUCUCAGCACGAGCGCAGUCUGCCCUUUCUUUCCAGUGUCCACAAACCCUUGUCUCCGUCAGGCAGUGACUUCCUGAUGAUGGCGGUGAUGAUGAUGAUGGUGCUGGUGGUUUGGGGCUGAUGAUGGUGGUGGUGGUAUUGGGGAUGGCGUUGGGGGUAAUUGUGGUGCUAGGGGUGGUUGGCGUGGGGAGUGAUGACUGUGGGCCUGGUGGAGCACUUUGCAGGUGGCCAGAGGGGAGGAGGGAAGUAUAGAGGUUGAAAAAAGAUUUAGGGAGUGUUAGUGCAUGUACCACUGCCACAAGGAAUGUAAUCAUUAUGUAUUGUAAACAUGUAGUAAUA